GUUUAACUGAAUCUCAACAAAAACUCUAUCCAAGUUCUAUCUGGGUGGAACCCUAACUGGAACCAGACAUGGAUGUUGAUUCACAACAAACAAUGGAGGAAACUAUAUUGGUCGGCGAUGAUCUAAUGAUGGGCCACCAUCUCCUGUCAUCCCACAAGAAAUUGCAUCUCAUGUGCUUGAAGGCGUGGAGUUAUGUGAUGGGAUCUAACGAAAUUUAUAUGUGUCUGCAGAUCAAUGAUAUCGAGCCAUUCUGUCAAGAUGAGCUUGCAUUAUAUCGACAAUGUGCUGAAAAGAGGGACAAGGAACUAAGGCAACGGCUUGAGGAUUUGUCAAUGCCUUUCGAUCAAGCAAAGGAUAGAGUGGGGAAGCUUGAAUCAGAAGUCACAUCAUUGGAGAGGCGCUUGAUUCUAGCAAGUGGAAGGGAAGGCAUUGAAGGAUUUCAACAAAGAUGGAGCCUGCACGGUCGACUUACGGAUACCAAGAAAAGACUGGAAUCGUUAAAACUGGGAGUGGAGAAGAGAAAAGAGGAUGAACCAAGCAAAACUCCUACCAGGAAAAGAUGGUUUCUUUGGUCAAAGAGAUCAAUCAUUUUGCUAAGAGAUCGAUCCUUUGAACCAAAAUGCUUGGAAACUUGA